AUGAUAUGCUUCAUUGCUGGAAUCAUUCUUGGAGUUUAUCUUUGCAGAAAUUAUGAUAUUGAACGAAUCUGUUCAGAUGUCAAAUCAAACAUUUUCAAGUGUGAGAGUAGUGUUUGGCAAAGCUUUAAAAACACAGAGAAGAAGUAUAGAAAGGAGCAGCAAGAAAGCAAUACUGUGGCUGAUAGUGGCACUGCUACAUGCUGUAAUCAAAGCUCGGCUCCAACCUUACAACAAAUGUAUCCAACCUUUGCAUUGGGAUCCACUGAAACACAAGACACGCUCAAGGACCAAUAA